AUGGCGUCGAUGUCAGCGUUAACACUCAAGGAGCAGAGAUAUCUCGCCGUUGUCUCAAUCAAUUUUGGUACGACAUACAGUGGCUUUGCCUUCGCCUUCAACCACGAACAUAAAGGCGCAGUGAGAAAUAUUCACUUCUGCAGACCAUGGACCAGUGAAGUAGGUGUUAUCGACACUGAAGUAGAACUGACUGCAGCAAAUGGGCAUAGUAUGAAAGCUGUUGAAGUGUUUUCACACGCAAUACAUUACUUGAAAAUGAAAGCUUUGAAAGUGAUUACAGAAACGACCGGCUUGGAUUUCAAAGAUGAAGAAGUCCAAUGGGUACUCACCGUUCCUGCUAUCUGGGGUCAGGCAUCCAAACAAUUCAUGAGAGAAGCUGCAUAUCAGGCCAACGUAGCAUCUAGAGAUUGCGAUGAGCAAUUGAUCAUUGCUCUGGAAUCUGAAGCGGCGUCCUUGCACUGUAUAGAGAGUCCCAUGGCUGGGUUUGUAAAUGAAGAAACAGUGGACAAAAAGCUAGUGGAGAUUCAUAAAGCCAUAGUAGGCCCAUUCGGAGGAGCACAUGUCGACAAAGAAUUUGGAAAGCUAUUAAAACAGAUUUUCGGGGACAAAUUCAUUCUUGAUUACAAGAAAGAAUAUCCGCCAGACUGGUUGCGAAUUAUUAUGGAAUUUGAAAUGAAAAAGACUCUUGAUAGAAUAAGCAAAGUGAACAAAAAGAUCUGGUUUGGUAAAACCAUUAAGUAUACAUUCCAGCCAAUUCAUGGCGACCAUUCCGAGUCGAAUUUUGAAUUUCUAUUCUAUGUAACGGAGACAAAUGAUGCUCUUUAUAUUGAUGAUGACCAUGUGAGAAAAGGGGAAACUAAAAUUGUUGUUGAGUCACCUCAUGUAAGCAUGGGUAAAAACCGUGACAUAGAUCUAAAAAUAGAGUUUGCUGACACAGAGAUAAGGGCUACUGCUAUUGAUACAGUGUCUGGCGAAGUGACUAUGACACAUUUGGAGCUGGAAGCCCGCUAA